AUGGACUGUUGCGCAUUUGGUGCGGUGCGCCUGCUGCUCCCUGGAUGUUUACGCAUCGCGUUGAUGUGGGUCUUGCAAUUAGGAGCGUUCGCGCAACACGCUCCAGAGUGUUACCCGGGAGGUCAUCGGACUUUGAGUAAUCCGUAUCGCAGCGUCGACUUUGACUCUACGGAGAUCCAGGACACGGCCAUCCAGGACUUAAUCUGCGACCACUCGCUGUCGCCGGGCUGGUACAGGUUCUGGAUCAACAACAAGCCGGCGGAGAUGCCGACCACCUGCGUUGAGAUGAACCGCUGUGGCACACAGGCUCCGGUGUGGCUGUCACUGAAGGACACCUCUCUGCCGCGGCCCGGCGAGCUCCGCCAGCUCUCCGCCUGUGCCACCUGGCAGUUCUUCCACGGCAGCACCAAGGACUGCUGCCUCUUCCGCAUCCCCAUCACGGUGCGCAACUGCGGCGAGUUUAUGGUCUACCGACUGCAGCCCACACAGGGGUGCAUGGGAUACUGCGCUACAGUUACUCCAGAUUUGGGACCCAGACUGUGUCCACCGGGUGAGAAAGAAGUCAACGGCCGAUGCAAAGCUGCCGUCCCGUCCCUGCUGUCCCGGCCUGUGAUCACCCCGGAGCUCCUCGGCCACAGUGUCCACCUGAGGUGCUCCUUCGUCCCGCCACCGUGGAACCAGCCGCUGGGCUUCCAGGUGGUGUGGGCCAGACACAUCGGCCACAGCAUGAAGGCCGAGAUCAGGCAGGAAGCCACGCUGAAGCCCUUCUCUCUGGUGGAGAUGGAUGGCGUUCACUUCAGGCUCGGGGAAACGUUUUCCUGCAGUGUGUCGACUUUCAGAGCCAACUCCAGCCACAGCAGAUCUCCUCCAAGAGAAAGUGAGAGUUUCUACGCAGGACUGAAGUUUUCUCCAGACUCGCUGCACAUAGCAGAGAACAGUAAAGAGCACGAGGUGACCGUGCACAGCACAGUGCCCAUCCCCUGCUUCGGCACCGAACACGGUCACCAGUGUGGACUCCCUCUGGCUCUGAGCGUCAACGACCCAGACGGACUCGGACACGAGGCCCCAAAUGUGGUGUUGUCCACCUGCCAGGUGGAGCUCCAGCCUAACGCCUGCAGUGGAGGCAGCUGCGGCCAGGCGACCUUAUUUGUCACCGCCGUCACCGAUUUCACACGAGAUGGAAAUCGGCCAAGUCUGAUCGGUGUUUUCCCCGGACUCAACGCACCACGACUCUGGAGAAGCUACGUCCCAACGUCUCUGAGAGUCACAGUCCAGGACGUUCCUACUUCCAUCUGCUACUCCCUGACUGACCCACAUGUCAUUACUCUGGACGGCAGGCGCUAUGAAAACCACCAGACGGGCACCUUUGUCCUCUACCGGAGCCUCGUCAGGGAGUUUGAGGUCCACUCUCGGCAGUGGGACUGUGGCAGCCGACACUACGCCGUCGCCUGCAACUGCGGUGUUGUGGCGCGAGAGGGGAACGAUAUUGCCAUUUUUGACAUGUGCAAUGGCCAGCCGCAGGAAACCAGACCGGAGCUUAUUCUGAAGAGCGUAGGUGACAGCGAGGGCAGCCGAGUCAGAGUGCUGGAGUCCCACCAGGGGAAGAAGGUCACCUUGAUCUUUCCCUCCGGGGCCUUUGUUAGGGCCGAUGUUGGCGAUUGGGGGAUGAGCCUGUCCGUACGUGUGCCCAGCGUCGACUACAGCAACACACAAGGCCUCUGCGGCACCUUCGACCACAACGGCAACAACGACUUCCACGGCUCUGACGGAGGCUCCUACGGCCCCGAUGACCUGCAUCGCUUCAUAGAGGACUGGAGGAUAGCUCCAGGUGAGAGUCUGUUUGACAGGACACCUCCUGGGACGACGCAGGUGGUCCGGAGGCCUUUUUGUCAGUGCCAAAAAGGAUACAGCACUUCUCAUCACGCUGGCAGAGGGAUCAGGAACUUGUACAAUCCUUCCGCUCACUCCGGCUGUAUAGCGUACGAUAAUGUGGAUUACACAUCUGUGUUCCCCUCUAUGGACACAACAGUGGAAUACAUCAAGAGUCCUAAGAGAGAGGAAAGCAUCCUGGACAUGUCUGCCUUUAACAGUCAUCCUCUGGAGAGGAGGGGCCUUCGGUUUCACAACAAUCAAAACAGCGACGGUGAUCUUGAAUUGGACAGCGAGUUCAGGAAGGAUUUCCUGCUUUCCAUUGACAGGCCAAGGAGACAGGCAGCCUAUGAAUUCAAACCCAUCUUUGCUGCUCAGAGCCUCAGCCAGGCCGAUGUGGAGAACUUAGCCUACUUCUUCCCUGAGGAUCACUUAGAGGAGGCCAGACCGGAGGUGCAACCUCAGUGGCCCACACCAAGUGGCCUGACCUCAGCCAAAGCUCUGGAGGUGUGUCAGAUGGCUUUGGCCAACUCCACUGUUGGCGUAGUGUGCCGGGGGCUGCUGGGACGCCGCCUGGACGAGGCAGUAGAUUUGUGCAUCCUGGACCUGCAGCUCAAAGACGACCUGGACUGGGAGGAAGCUCUGCUGCCAUACCUGGAGAACGAGUGUGAGAGGAGGCUGUUGGAAAACCGGACCCAGAGAGACUUGGAGGUGGCUGGUCUACCGGGAACAUCCAGGGAGGUGGUGACAGCGCUGCGCUGCCCCAACUUUUGCAACGGAAAUGGGGAAUGUACAGAGUGGGGCUGCCAAUGCUACCCCCGCUACAGCUUCUACGACUGCAGCCUGGCCAUCAGCCAGCCGGUAGAGUUAACAGAUUUGGAGAACGCUGGACUUUGUGACAUCCGAGCCUUCAACUGUCGCAACAUCCGAGUCUUCGGCCUCGGCUUCAUCGACUCUCCUGACCUCAGCUGCCAUGCCAACAGACUGAAGUACAUGAACGGCAUUUGGGUUCCAGGGGAAAAACAGAGAACAAAAGCCACCUUCCUCAGCUCCAAGGCUUUAGACUGUGCUGUGCCGUCUCUGAGCAACACAGCCGUCAACACGGAAGACUUCAUGAUGGACGACAAACCCUACGCACGCUGGGAGAUUAAGGUUACCAAUGAUGGCUCCCAGUACAGCCAAGCCAAAGUGCUGACAAUCUACGAUGGCGUUUGCCAGGUGUGCGAGGGGUCCCGCUCAGGACUCUGUAAGUUAAAGGAGAAGACCUGUAACAUCGACGGGAUGUGUUUCACAGAGGGGGUGUCCAGUCCCAGCAGCCCCUGCCUCCUCUGUGACCCCGACACCUCCAAGUUCACCUGGUCUGUGAAUCAAGUCAACGAGCCGCCGGCCUUCCAUCAGCCUCAAAGCGACCUGCGGACAUUUGUCGGGGAGAACUUUGUCUUCCAGUUUGCAGCGUCAGACCCCGAGGGCUCGGCUCUCCUCUUCCAGCUGGAGGACGGGCCGGAGGGGGCCGUCCUCUCCCCUGCCGGCCUCCUUAUCUGGAGGGUCCCGUCGCUUCCCGAGGAGGAGGGACAAUCGAGCCGCUCGUUUCGCUUCACGCUGUCAGACGAGUGCAAUGCCCAGAGCACCGUCUCCGUGGAGAUUGACGUGGUGCCGUGUGGGUGUCACAAUGGAGGUACGUGUGUGACCGACGUCAACUUCCCUGCUGGCCGCGGGAUGUACCUGUGUGUGUGUCCUGAGGGCACGCAGGGCGACCUCUGCGGCGAGCACAUGGACAACUGUCUGUCAGCCCCAUGCACCGUCGGCAAGUGCAUCAACACAGCCAGCGGGUACAGAUGUGAGUGUCCUGCGGGGCUGAGAGGUGUAACAUGUCUGGAAGAUGUCAACGAGUGUGAGAGGAUGGCGUGUUUCUCAGGAGUCCAGUGCUUCAACAGCUUUGGCUCCUUCGGCUGCGGCUCAUGCCCCAAAGGCAUGCUGGGAAAUGGGACAAUAUGUACAGCGGGCUCCCCCACAUCUGCUCCUCGUAAGACGGUCUACAAGAUACCAGAUGUUCUGCUGCAGCCACCCAAAAUAACAGACACUUUCCGGCAGACCUCAAGCGGUGGCUCCCCGCAGGCGAGGACUGAAGCGGGGAAGACAUCUCUAAGGAUUGACAGAGCACAAACUAAGACCAACACGUGGAGACGGAUUCCAGGAAUGAGUCUGAACCCGGCGCUCACUGAGGCAGAACCUCACAAGAGCAUCACAGAAGUUUCACCAAUCGUGUCCCAAACAAAGACCGAGGUCUCCAGAAAAGUUAAACUCAACCCAUCCACGACAAACACCUUCGAGAACAUCUCAGGAACAACACCGCACCACGUCCAGCCUGAUCAGCCAAACACUAUCGCCAAGACGUCCGCUGUGGCCCAGCCAUCGGGAGACGUCAGACCAGCUUCAGGAUCGGGUCAGUCUGUGAAUGUGUCGGCUACAUGUGCCAGCCGGCCCUGCUUCCCCGGGGUUCAAUGCAUCAACCGCAGGCCGCCACAUGUCGGCUACGUCUGCGGCCGCUGCCCGCCCGGCCUUUACGGGAACGGCCGCGUCUGCAUGAAGAACGCUAAGGCAGCAUCCAAUCAUCUUCUCCAGCAGCAGACGCUAAGCAAGGCCAACCGAUCUCCGCACGGCAGCAGCAGCAAAGUGUCCCAGCUCCACCUGCCCCACCUGCCCUCCAGGCACGGCAUCAAACACCUGUCCUGGUCCGUCACCAGAGCUAACCGAGAUAACGCAGCGCGCCAGGCUCCCGCGGCAGGGAGGGGGGGCGGGACGGGGAGGAGAGAGGCAGUCACUGCAAAUACUCACACCAGUCACCACAGCGCCAACCUCAGAGCAGACGCCAGGACAUACAGCAGAUCCAGAGAGUUUGUGGUUCCCCGUGUGACGGUCUCUAAGCAGGCUGAAGGAGCCGCACCUUCCCAGGUAACACCGCCCGCUCCCCGCCUCUCCACUGGCAAACAGGCAGCGCAGCCUCAGCUCCACCACCUGGCCUCCACGCAGGCCCGACCCUGGACCCCUCCGAGACCUGCCUUCCCCCUUACAGCGGCCCUCACCGCUCUGUCGUACUCGCUGUCUGAGUCAGAGUUCUCUGCAGACGGAGACGAGGCGGACACUGGAUCUGAAGGCCCGGAGAUGCCGCAGAUGGUGCCGGCAUUGACCUUCACAACGCCGGGCAAGACGGUGCACAGCUCCCCGCGACAAAGAGAUACCUCCGUCCAGCCAGGGGGGAGGACCUGCGCAGACCGGCCAUGUUUUCCUGGUGUCCCGUGUGAGCCGGUCAUGGAUGAGGGUUUCCGCUGUGGGAGGUGUCCUGUGGGAUACACCGGGGAUGGACGAGCCUGUCGAGCUGUUUGCAGACACACGUGUGGUAGGAACAUGGAGUGUGCGGCGCCCAACACGUGCCGCUGCAAACCAGGCUACACUGGAUCCGACUGUCAGACAGCAAUCUGUGAGCCGGGUUGUGUGAACGGGGGGGUUUGCGUUGCCCCAGGUGUGUGUCGCUGUCUCAGAGGGUUUCAUGGAGAAACCUGUCAGGAAGCUCUGUGCAGGCUGCCAUGUGAGAACGGAGGCUCCUGCGUGGGACUGCACACGUGCUCCUGUCCUUACGGGUUCGUCGGCCCUCGAUGUGAGACCAUGGUGUGCAGCCGUCACUGUCACAACGGAGGCCAGUGUGCAUCUCCAGACGAGUGCAUGUGUGUGACAGGCUGGACCGGACCGUCCUGUGAGACUGCCCUCUGCUUUCCCGUGUGUCUCAACGGAGGUUCCUGUGUUCGGCCGAAUACCUGCGAGUGUCCUCACGGGUCCUACGGCGCACAGUGUCAGAACGCGGUCUGCAGUCCUCCCUGUAAGAACGGCGGCGUGUGUAUAAGGACCGAUGUGUGCUCCUGUGUGCAGGGAUACAACGGGAGGCAAUGCCAGAAAAGCGUGUGUGAGCCCAUGUGCGUGAACGGCGGCAGGUGUGUCGGUCCAGAUGUUUGCGAUUGUCCGUCAGGUUGGCGUGGAACGAGAUGUGAUAAACCCAGCUGCCUGCAGAAGUGUCUGAACGGAGGGGAGUGUGUGGGAGCAAACACCUGCCACUGCACGCCGGGCUGGCAGGGCAUGCUGUGCCAGAUCCCUCUCUGCGAUUUAAAAUGUCUUUACGGCAGUCGAUGUGUUCGACCAAACGUCUGCGCCUGCCGGAACGGAUACUCUGGUUCUCUUUGCUCCAGACGGAUCGGACAUUCAUUCUGAAACCUUGUCGUUAGUUCAGCUCGCUAAGACUCGGGGUUGUCUCACAGGCAACAAACACCAAACAGCAGGAGUUCAAUCAGCUCAGAUAAACCUUCAGGUGACGCCAUCAGCGUCUCUGUGCACCCAGUGCAGAGCAACACACUUGAAUCAUCAGGGGGAGAUGUAGGUUUCUAUAACGUUAUAGCAUGCAAAGAAUACACGAGACUUUUACAAGCGGUUAUACAACUGCAGUUACUUCUUGAUAAACUACCAUGUACUGUAUGUGUCCGUCCUGCAGCUCCGGCAGCUCCAGCAGCUGUUGCCAGGUAGAUUUAAAUCACAUUUACGUUCUGCAGAAAUCAUGACCUGACUGUCACUAUUUAGUUUCCCAACAUUAUAGAAGUCUACGAGAGGCACAACCUUCUCUUCAUGUUUCUUCAUGCACUGGUCUCUUCCAUACUUACUGGAUUACAUAAAGCCUCAUUUGCAUAUUCAAACAUCACGUCAGAAACCUCGUACUGUAAACGCCUUCAGGUUCUUCACCACAAACACAAACCUCUGUAUGAGUAUUUAUUUAUUUGGUUGUUUUAUAUUGUGGCAUAUUUCUUGUUGUAUAUAUCUUAAUCAGUGUGUAAUCGAUGAUAUUUCUUAUUAAGGCAUUGUGUAAUGGUUGUUUUGUAAGAAAAUAAAUA